GAUAGUCGUCUGUGCUACUUUAAGAUUACUAUACGCCGGUCAAUUGUCUACCUACAUAAACUACCCAAUCGGACGUCAUUUAGUGAUAAUUUGGUUCGGUAAUAAUCAGCAGCCAAAUCAAUGAAACUAUCCUGUAAAAGAUUCAAAUGCAAAAGGAUAAUAGUACGUUCCGGAAAGAAAAUAUGGAAAAAGGUCCAAAAUUUGGAAAAAGGCAUGUGCAAGCCAUUCUGUUAUUUACUGGGGUGGCCACCGAACUGAUGACCCGGAUCACUCUCUCCUUGUCUAUUGUCGCCAUGACCGAUAGCACCGCCUCUGUUAACGAUAAAAUUCCGACCUACACAUGGAAAGACCGCGACGUCAUCCUCUCCUCCUUUUAUUGGGGCUACCUGGUGCUCCUAGUGGCGGCCGGGCAGGCGGCCAAACAAUACGGCCCCAAAUGGAUCCUAUUUACCGCCCUAACGGUAAACUCCUGCGCCACCGCCCUUAUACCACUCGCGGCCGCCUAUUUAGGCUCCAAGGGGGUUAUGGCCUGUAGAAUCAUGCAAGGGAUCAGCCAGGGGGGCGUAUACCCUUCCGUACACACCAUGCUAGGACGCUGGGCGCCACAAAACGAAAGGGGUCGCAUGUCUACUUUUGUUUAUUCAGGAAUAAGUAUUGCCUCUAUUGUCUGCUUACCAGUGACAGGGGCGAUUUGUAAGUCUUACCUCGGGUGGCCGGUUUCCCUGUACCUGUUUGGGGGUUGCGGCUUUUUAUGGUCUAUUUUGUGGUUGUUUUUCGGUCACAACAGCCCGGCCACUCACCCUACGAUUAGUACGGCGGAAAGACGAUAUAUCGAAGAGUCUUUGGCACAGGCUGAAGAAACCGAGGUAAUACCAACCCCUUGGAAAGCGAUACUUUCGUCACCACACGUGUGGGCCUUAGUAAUCCCCACUGCGGGUUCUGGCUACGCUGUUAUAUUUCUACAAAACGAGAUGCCCACCUAUUUAAAGACCGUUAUGAAUUACGACGUGGAUGCGAGCGGCUACCUUAGCUCAUUGACUUCGGUCAUAGGGGUGGUUGGGAUCUACAUUUAUGGGCCAUUAUCUGACUUUUUGAUCGAAAAACGUUAUCUCUCUCGUACCAAUACCAGGAAGUUUUUCGAGGUUUACGCAUGCUACGGAUCAGCAGCAUCCCUUUUGGUCCUGGCAUACCUAAAACGGUCCCAAGAGCAUUUGGCCGUUUACAUGAUAGCUGUAGCCAACGUGUUCGGUUCGGGAAUACUCUUCGGACACUCGGUGAAUCCCAUCGAUCUCUCCCCGAGAUUUUCCGGGAUCAUUGUGGGACUCGCCAACUCGAUGUCUAGUAUUGCCGCCCUAUGUGCCCCACUGUCCGUUCAAUAUAUCGUCACUGAUCAGACAAAUCCUUUACAAUGGCGGAUCGUGUUUAUAAUCGCGGCCAUCGGUUACGUGCUACCAGCAACGGCAUUUAUAUUAUUUGCCUCUGCCGAAAGACAAUGGUGGGAUGAUGGGGCUGUAAAGGAUUCAACUACAAACCAAGCAAGAGUCAAGAAGAUCAGCACCAUAGAACCGGAGAUUUUAAGGAAGUUUAGCACAUCCAAUACAGUGCAGAUCUAGUUACUGCGGGGGUUAAUUGUAGGCUCAAAUUAAAGACUGUGAUACUUCAUAACUUAAUAUAUUAGUUUAUAAAA